CCCACUUAAAUUUGUUUAUUUACUUAUAAUGGGUUUUGUUUGUGUCUAUAAAAAUCCAAUAACAUUCCAUCUUAUUGGUUUUGGAAGGUUUUUCUUCAGCAUUUAGUAGUUCAUGAACAGCUAGUUCAAGUGUAGAAAUGGCUUCGACAUCAACGCAAUUUGUAACUUCCAGAAGGAUGGGCAUAUACGAUCCGCUCCACCAUAUUAGCAUGUGGGAUGACACGUUCGGAUGUGAUAUUAGCCCGAACACAGGUCCUUCUUCGAUUUCUCAAGUCGAAACAAAGCUGUCCAACAAGACCGACUACACUUAUCAGGAAUCGUUAGGACCUUCAUCGGAUAAUCAAUCAGCAAAAGAAAUGUCUGAUAAGUUGCAAAGGAGGUUAGCACAAAACCGUGAAGCUGCACGCAAAAGUCGUUUGAGGAAAAAGGCAUAUGUCCAACAAUUGGAAACAGGCCGUUUGAAGUUGGCACAAUUGGAGCAGGAACUUGAGAAAGCUCGACAGCAGCGUGUAUAUGGUGGUUUACUGCAUACAAACAAUGGUCUAUUAUCUAGCAAUGUCAAUUCAGGUGUCGUUGCAUUUGAGAUGGCGUAUGAUUUGUGGGUUGCCGAGCAACAAAAGAAGGACAACGAGCUCAAGGAAAUCUUGCAGAGUCACCCAAGUGAACUAGAGCUUCGUAUAUAUGUAGACAGUGGCUUGAACCAUUACUAUGAGCUCUUCCAAAUGAAAGCAAAUGCUGCAAAGUCUGAUGUGUUCUAUUUUAUGCAUGGGCUGUGGAGAACUCCUCUUGAAAGGUUCUUUCAAUGGCUUGGAGGACCAAGACCAUCAGAACUCCUUUAUAUACUAAUGCCACAACUUGAGCCUUUAACGAACCAACAACUCGUGAGUGUGUCGACUCUGAAACAUUCUUGUAAACAAGCAGAGGAUGCGUUGACUCUAGGGAUGGAAAAGCUUCAACAGACACUGGCUCAGGGCAUCACAAUCGACAUAACGGGUAUUGGAAGUUACAAUGCACAGAUGACCUUGGCAAUGGAGAGGCUGGAAGGAAUUGAAAAUUUUUUGAACCAGGCAGAUCAUCUACGACAACAGGUGCUGCAACAAAUGUCUAGGAUUUUAAACGCACAACAAGCUGCCAGAGGGUUGCUUGCACUAGGGGAGUAUUUUCAACGUCUGCGUUCACUAAAUUCACUUUGGGCAGCCAGGUCUCGUGAACCCACAAGCUAGAUACAAAUUCGAUCAGUUUGGUGAACUCAUCUUUGAGAGACUACAAGCUACAAACCGAGUUAAGUUUGGUCACCUGGUAAUCUGUGAAUCUAUGAGCCAGCUAUGCAUUCGAUAAUGGUGUUUCAAAAAUAGUUUUUGAUGGUAUACCAAGAAUGCUGAAAGUAGAUUUGCCUUAUAUGAUUCUAUCAACUACCCAUUUUAUCACUCUAUAUUGUCCAAAGUAUAGAAGUUUUCAUGGUUACCUAAAGAUGUGUACAUAUAUUUGUGAUGCUAUAUAUGCAAGAGGCUGAGGAUUUCUAAUUAUCUGAAUCA